AUGGGAGAACGGCCUCGCCAAGAAUUGCUCUAUGGUCUGGCUUCACUCUAUCACUCGCGAGACUUUUCCGAUUUGGUAGUCUUUGGGAAAGAUGGCUCUCGACAUGCCGUUCAUCGUGCGGUUUUGUGUCCGCGGUCCGAGUACAUCUAUACUGCUGUGAAGGAGGGCAAAUGGAGGGGAGGCAUCGAAGGACACUUGGCAUUACCAGAAGAAGAUGAUGAAGUAGUGAGAUUGAUAGUCGAGUACUUCUAUCUCCUCGACUACGACCCUAUCAUCCGGACAUCCUCGGAAGAUAUUACUCCUCCUACCGAUAUAUCGCGCUCCAGCUCCGAUGCCCUCAGUUUCCGUACAGAUGCAGGAACCUACGGCCACGUCUACGGGUCCUCGGCAAUCAGCGCCUUUGGCGGACCCGAAUCCAUCUUCAGCAGCAGCAACGCCGCCUCAGCUCCCUUUCGAGCCCGCACCGACUCGGCAUUGACGAUGCAUGCGAUACCCGGGGGUCCUCCCACCGACUUCCACACAUUCAGCAAUAAUCCCCAGCCACGGCGACGCAAGACGAUGAGCAGAGGCAUGGUGAUGAGUGCACCGGAGCCGUCCCCGCUCGCGACAAAGGAAGCACAUUUAAUCUUGCACGCGAGAAUGUAUGCAGCAGCAGAAAAGUAUGGCAUUGGAGGUCUGAAAGCGCUGGCACUGGACAAGUUCAAAAUCCAAUUGACGCGACAUUGGGACGCAGUCGAGUUUGCAGAGGCAAUUCAUGUCGUGUACUCGUCGACGCCGCCUUCGGAUAAGGAUAUGCGGGAGGUGGUGGCGGAUACAUUGGGUUGGCAUGGACGGUUAUUGGAGAAGCCGGAGAUUGAAGUGGCGAUUUUGGAUAUUAAUGGAUUGGCGUAUGAGUUGUUGAAGCGGAGGGCAAUGGACUACCUUGUUUAG